AUGUUAGACACUUUCGAAAUCAUCACCACCAACGGCGUCGUCCUUUGGUCCAGAAAAUACGCCCCCGUCAAUUCCUCCAUUGUGAACAGCUUCAUCUGCGACACAUUUAUCGAGGAAAAGAAUGGUAGCUCGGCAUUGAGGGACCCGCAAUCAGCCGCAACAAAUCCCCCGUACAAGAGCGACCAGCACACGUUGAAAUGGACCACGGUCAAGGAGCUUGGUGUCAUCUUUGUGGCUGUCUACCGAUCACUCCUACAUCUGUCUUGGGUCGACAGAUUGGUGGACAAUAUCAAGACCAUCUUCGUCAACCUGUACGGUGAACAGCUGAAGAAACCACAUACGACCAUCGUUGAAUGUACCGGGUUCGACGACUACUUUGAUCAGCAACUACAUGAGCUUGAUACGUCGACUGCAUCGGAUCCGACACCGCAACCGGUCCGCCCUGUCGACGACAGCCCGUCUGCUCCAGGUCUAACCUACCGAGGUCGCAAUGUCAAUGGUGGACAGGACGAGGGGAUUUCACACGACCCGAGCCCCGUCCUCACACCAAAUACUUCGAGACCGUCUACUCCAGGUACCGGAAAUCUGUUGACGGCCAAAGCUGGACCUGUCGCCAAGAUGUCAAGACGAGCCCGCAAAGCCAAAAACUCGACAUCCGCGCCGGCGUCAUCGGGAGACGAGGCGGCGGGUAAACAAAAGAAGGCAGGCAGGGGGCCCAAGAAGGGACGAAAAUGGGAUGCAGACGGCUUUGCCGACGAGGACGAUGCAGAUGUGCAGCUCGACUAUUCUGCCAAUCCCACGGGCGAUCUCGAAGCCGAUACUAUCGGUCGGUCAAGUGCUUUGGAUGCUGUCGACGAAUCAACAUGGGGAACCUCUACCAAAGGCAAAUUUGUCCUCAGGGACCUGGGCGACGAAGUUCACAACAUGCUUUCCUCUGCUGAAGCCGAAAAGGCCGCGGCGGAAACCAAGUCAAAAGCGAAAUCCGGUCUCCUGGGCACGGGAGUCAAUGCCCUUGGCGGCAUGUUCCGCAACGUCGUUGGAGGCAAGAUUCUGACCAAGGAGGAUCUUGAGAAGGCCAUGAAGGGGAUGGAGGAGCAUCUACUACGCAAAAAUGUAGCACGGGAAGCUGCGGUUCGUCUCUGCGAAGGUGUCGAAAAGGAGCUCAUCGGCGUCAAGACGGGCAACUUCGAAAGUAUCAACACCAAGAUCCAAACCGCCAUGGAAUCCUCCCUGACCAAAAUGCUCACGCCCACCUCGUCCCUCGACCUCCUCCGCGAAAUCGACUCCAUCACGGCGCCGCCCGCUACUUCACUCCGCCAAACCCGGCCCUAUGUCAUUUCCAUUGUCGGCGUCAACGGCGUCGGCAAAUCAACCAAUCUUUCCAAGAUUUGCUUCUUCCUCCUCCAAAACAAGUACAGGGUCCUCAUCGCAGCAGGCGACACGUUCCGGUCAGGAGCAGUCGAGCAACUCGCAGUUCACGUCCGCAAUCUGAAGGAAUUGACCGCCCGAGAAGGCGGGCAGGUCGAGUUGUAUCAAAAGGGCUACGGCAAGGACGCGGCCACGGUAGCCAGGGACGCAGUAUCUCAUGCUGCGCAGGAAGGCUUCGACGUUGUGCUCAUUGAUACGGCCGGCCGACGGCACAAUGACCAGCGGCUAAUGUCUUCCCUGGAGAAGUUCGCCAAGUUUGCCCAGCCAGACAAGAUUCUCAUGGUUGGCGAGGCCCUCGUCGGGACAGACUCUGUCGCGCAGGCGCGCAACUUCAACGCCGCGUUCGGAUCCGUCCGCACCCUCGACGGCUUCAUCAUCUCCAAGUGCGACACCGUGGGCGACAUGGUCGGAACUCUGGUCAGCCUCGUCCACGCCACCAACGUGCCUGUCCUGUUUGUCGGCGUAGGACAGCACUACUCAGACUUGAGAAACUUUAGUGUCAAGUGGGCUGUGGAGAAGUUGCUGAGUAGUAAUUAA